CCUACGCGCGGAAUAGGAGGUCCCGGUCGUCGUGGGACGUGGGAGACCCAAAUCACCUCCUCGCCCCAAAAUCUUGUCGACGGCGCCGCCGCCGCCGCCGCCGGCACCUCCUCCCGAGGUUUGUAGCGCUUCGCGACGGCAGCUUUUUAGCUACGACGCAGGUCCUCUUUGGCGCCCUUCGUGUCCAGUCUAGCUCGGCCGGCGAUGGCAGCGGAGCAGCGGUCGGAGAAGAAGAAUCCGCCGCCGGAGAAGAAGGCCCCGCUCCCGAAGGUGGUUACGCUCAGUAAGGCCCUCAAGUUGGCCCAGACAUGGGUGGACAAAAUGAGUGCGCUGGAGCUGGAUGAGCUGAAUGAUAAGGAUUUUGAGGGUCGCCCGUCAGGGCUUGGCCUUGGUGCUAGAGUGGCGCCAAACGCGAAGCGGGCAGCUCCCACCGAUCCAGUGGAGAGGAGGCUGCUCGGGAAGGUGAAUGCGCAGAAGAGGAAGUCAGCGGAGGAGGAGAAAAUAAACACUCAGGAGGUGGAUGAGGCGAGCGAUGAUGAUAGCGGUGAGCCUCAAGGUAGAACCAGUGCCUGUAGCAAGAAGAGGGAAUUGCCUUCAGUUACUUCAAUGCCAUUAGGGAAGAAGACCAAGUGACAGUUUGUAUGCACGGAACCAUCUGAAUAUUCAUACAUGGCUUGAUGUUCUAGUGAGAUUUUGACAAACCCCUAGGCGACUCUAUUUUACCAGCUUACACCCUACAGUGGGUAUUUGUUAAAUAUAAGGGCAUAGCUGGGCUGGAUAGUUGGCAACUCAAUUUGAGCAGUUCCAGUGUUGUCUGUCUGAAGUUGAAUAGAGCCUGAUUUUCCAUUUGA